AUGGCCGCCGCCCAAAUGCCUCGCCCUCCCUAUCCUCCCAUGUCUUACCAUACGCCGCAAUCCAACUCUCCAGCAUCUGUCGCCUCCCCUUCGCAACAUGAUCAGCACAGGAGUCUGUACGGCCAACCGCCGUCACAGCAUCUUCAGCAGUCAAUGUACUAUCAACCUCAAUCGCACUAUCAACCCAUGCCUCACCAUCCUAGUGCGUCUCCAUACGCCCAGCAUGCUCAACACCCACAUCAUCCGCAACAAUCCAUGACUUCUCAGCCAAACAUGAUGAUGUCGCACACGGCUCCCCAGAACCAGAUGGCACAGCACGCUGCCCAGCACGCACAGGCUGGGAUGACUGGAAGCCCGAGACCAAAGAUCGAACCUCAGGUCCCUGUCCAACUCCAGAAACAGGCGCAGACAUCACCCAUGCCACAGACUCAACAUCAGCCCAAUGCACCACAGCUGCAAAGCCCAGGAAACGCCCCUCCCGGUGUUAACCCUAAUGCCGCACCAGGUCCCAUUCCCGCGACUACUCCACUGGUUGUGAGACAGGACGGCAAUGGUGUUCAAUGGAUUGCUUUCGAGUACUCCCGCGAUCGAGUUAAGAUGGAGUACACCAUUCGAUGCGACGUUGAAUCUGUCAAUACCGAUGAGCUGUCUCCCGAGUUCAAGCAAGAGAAUUGCGUUUACCCAAGAGCCUGCUGCCCUAAGGACCAGUAUCGUGGAAACCGUUUGAUGUAUGAGACUGACUGCAACCGCGUUGGUUGGGCUUUGGCGCAGCUUAACCCUCCGCUGCGAGGCAAACGAGGCCUGAUUCAGCGAGCAGUCGACAGUUGGCGAAACAGCAACCAGGACCCACGACUUCGAAGUCGACGAGUUCGCCGGAUGGCCAAGAUGAACAACCGCAAGCAAGUCCAGGGAACACCAACGCCGCACCCAGGCGCAAAUCACCUCCCAGGACCGAGCGGACCAUCAGGCAUGCCAGCAGCUCCCGCUCCCAUGGGACAUGGAGCACCACCCAUGGGCAAACCUGGAAUGGGUAGCAUGGGACAGCCUUUGCAUCAUCACGCUGGGGCCCAUGACGGAGGCGCCCCAGGUGGAGGAGAUGAAGUCGGCCACGGCACUGCUUACGAAGAUCAACACCAGCAUCACCAAGGAACUACCGCCCAGGGCCAUCAUGGUGGGGGAGACGAUGUGAGACCUGCGCAUGUCUUCACUGGUUACGUUGGCCAAGGCUACCCUGCCAGUGCUCAGGGCGGGCCGAUGUCUCACAUGGCUCCCCGAGCAAGUGGCAGCAGUGCCAUUCCCGCGCGAUCACACAGUCGAGCCCAUGCUGAUGAACCGGAGGGUCUCUUCCCUGAUGUGCCGGAGGCCAAGAAGCGAAAGUUCAUUCUUGUGGAUGACAACAUGCGAGGUGGCCAAAGACUCCGCGUUCGAGUUACUCUUGACGGCGUGGACACCAAUGAAAUUCCUGACAGUUUCCGAAAAGGGGCCAGCGUAUUCCCUCGAAGCUACUUCCCCCGGGAAAUGCAAAGCCCACCUCCUAGCGCAACCGGAUCUCAGUUCUUCAUGGACGACAUGUCCGAUGACGGAAUUCAAGAGACAGAAGGCCGGGAGCUCGGUCGACGGGGUACUGCCAAGUCAGCUAGCCAAACUAUGAAGGUGAGCAUGGCUGAGGGCCAGGACGGCGAGAUAGAUGUGCCAAGAAUGAGGAGGGCGUAUCGCGGGAAGGAGGUGAAGCUUAACGACUUGGCUUAUCGCAUGGCAUGGCUUCAGAGUCGUGUUUUUGCUGGUCGGACUGUGUUCCUUCAGCGGGCGUUGGACACGUAUCGAGGUAAAAUUCGAACCGCUAUUGAAGGAACGAUGCAGGAUGUUGCAACGGUAGCACCUCAUUACGAGACUCGGGCCGGCAAGCGACGAUGGAAUGAUCGAAAACGACGCGGCGAGCAUGGCAACGACGAGUAA